AUGUUAUGGAAACACCUCCCUCAGAUUCCAGUAGCAAGCUUGGAGCUUCUUCUAACAAGCGACCUGCAUGUUGAGACUGAUGAAGGAGAAAAAGCCAAGAGUGUCAAGAGAGCUUCAGUUUCUGAUGGCGAGACCAAGGCAAACUGUUUCCAGCGAAUUUGGUCCGAGGAAGAUGAGAUUGCUUUGUUACAAGGGAUCGUGGACUACAAAGAGACUAGUGGGUUAGACCCUUUUAAUGGUGAGAGGAAGGCUUUGUAUGAUCUCCUGAAGCCUCAUAUCAGUGUCAGUGUCACAUCAGUUCAGUUCUUUCAGAAGAUAAGGACGCUGAAAAAGAAGUUUAAGAAAGAGAAGAAUAAAGGCUCCAAGCCUAACAAUCAAAAGUUGUUUCAUCUGUCGAAGUUGAUUUGGGGAGAUGAAGAGAUCAGCUAUGCCGAGAAAGAUGAGUUGAAGACUGGUGAGGGGAGGAAGAGGAGUGUGUUUCAGUUGUGGAGGCAUUAGUUCGGCUUGGUAUGGAUGGUCGUGCACCAAAAAUUACUUCAUCACGAGACAGUAGCGUACAUUCGAAAUUCAUCUCCACAACUUGUCAGUUAUGCAGCACAGGUCCAUUGUUUCCUCUGACCACUAGACCAGCUACACCACUGUACUUUGUGAUCUUGCACAGCCGUCGUGUCUCUUAGUAUGAAGUCGCAGGUUCCACUAGAACCAGUGGUGAAGCUUGGUGUAUAAACCGGCCAGAGAGUAUUAAUUUGAUUAUCCAUGAUUAAUGUGUGAAUGGGACGAACUAGUCUAUGGUUAAUCACCAUCUAUAGAGUUUGAGGAACAUCUUAGCCUUGCACAUGAGGAAUUACUAGUUAAUCCUCGUUUAGUGAGUCUGGACCAUGAUCAUAGUUUUCAGCACUUUCUUAACCAUUUUUUCGUUUCUCGGUUAUGGUUUAACUUGGU